AACGAGAGGCUAGCUGCAUGCUUGAUUUUUGAAAUUGAGGUGGUUAGGUUUGGCCUAAUGAGCAUGCUUAUAAAAAUUUAAGCCCUCAAUGUAUCUCGUGCGGUGCCGUGCUGUGUCCACUUGGGAGGUACACAAGCAAAAUUAAACAAUGGAGGCUACUGCCGCGAAGCUCAUCGGCAGGGAAAAGAUCACGGGCGCCACCGCGGCCCUGUUCGCUGGUUCCGUCGAGGUCCCUGAGAGGUUCCUCCGAACCAAGGAGCUCCAGGCAGCCGGUGUGGUCGUCGGCGACGACGAGACGUUCAAGCUGCCGGUGGUAAACAUGGCAAAGCUUCUUGAUCCGGAGCUGUCGGCGUCGGAGACGGCAAAGCUUGGCUCCGCCUGCAGAGGCUGGGGUUUCUUUCAGUUAACAAACCAUGGCGUCGACGAAGCAGCGACGCAGCUGAUGAAGGACAGCACUGCACAGUUUUUCAACCUGCCACUUGAGAGCAAGAACACCGUGGCAGUCCGAGAAGGCGGUUUCGAAGGAUUUGGCCACCACUACAACGGAUCCUCAAGCGAUAAGCUGGACUGGGCAGAGAACCUGUUCCUCUACACGCAGCCAGUCCAGGACAGGGACAUGGAGUUCUGGCCUGCUAACCCACCCACCCUCAGGCACGCGCUCGACAGGUACUCCGUGGAGAUGACGGACCUUGCAAGGCGCGUGCUGGGUUUCAUGGCGGCCGACCUCGGGGUCAGUCGGGACGCGCUCCUAGGCGCCUUCUUCAGCCGGGACGACCACGACGACGACACCCUGAAGCCCAAGAUGCAGAGCGUGGCGAUGCACCACUACCCUCCGUGCCACCACGUGGACAAGGUGCUGGGCAUCGCCCCGCACACCGACACGCUGGGCCUGACCUUCCUGCUGCACGCUGACGACACGCCGGGCCUGCAGAUCAAGAGGGGCGGCAGGUGGUUCCCCGUGCGGCCGCUACCGGGCGCCUUCGUCGUCAACGUCGGCGACAUCCUCGAUGUUCUCACCAACGGCGCCUACGGCAGCGUCGAGCACAGGGUGGUCCCGGACGCCGAGAGGGGUCGCACCACCGUGGCGACGUUCCACGACGCGUGUGUCCGAGGGCAGGUGGCGCCGCUGCCGGAGCUACUCGGGGUAGGAGGCGGAGAGGUGGCGGCACGCUACAGGUCCAUCGGGAAACUUGAGUUCAGGAAGGGCAGCGCCAGAGCCACUGCCCAAGGGACUCGGUUCCUGGACACCAUCAGGAUGUAAACAACCGCAGCUACUUUACUUGGAUUGUUGCCACUGUCCAAGCUGAAUUGGAACAGAGUUUGCCAAGAAUUGUAUCUGAUGGCCGAGAAGAAUGACCAACACAUGCUCAUCUACGAAUGAGUCUUCCCUUGGCCGAUAAGUUUUGUGGAAAACUAAGUUAAUCCACGAACGCCGGAGAACAGUGAAAAGUCGAUGCAGGAAUGCAGCAAGUGUCCUUGCGCUUUUUUUUUUUU